AAGAAGUUGGAAAAUCCAGGACUACCUUAGUAGAAUAUUUUUCUUCUUCAUACACAGAGAUGGAUUUACAGUCGAUAGUUUUGUGGCUAGUGAUCGGAAUCGUAUCGACAAUCUUCUUAUUUUUUAAGAAAAGAUAUUCUUACUGGAAAGAUCGCGGCGCAGAAUAUGUAGAACCUACGAUCCCAUAUGGAAAUUUACCAUUUUGGAAAAAAAUGCAUACCAAGGAAAUACUAGGACGCAUUUAUGAUAAAAAAAGUGGAAAAAGUCCUUUCAUUGGAGCGUUCUUUUUUGCGACACCAGUCGUUAUUGCUACGGAUCUAGAUUUUAUUAAAAGUGUUCUGAUAAAAGACUUCAGCAGCUUUCACGGACGUGGAAUAUUCGUCAAUGAACUAGACGAUCCGUUAUCUGCACAUCUGUUUUCCCUGGAUGGAGAAAAGUGGAAAUCCUUGAGAGCCAAACUAUCACCGACAUUCACUUCAGGGAAAAUGAAGUUUAUGUUCCCGACUGUUGUCGAAGUGGCUGAUCGCUUCAAUGCAAGUCUGGCUGAGCUGGUAACGGAAAGAGCCACAAUGGAGAUUAGGGACCUACUAGCGCGAUUUACAACGGACGUGAUUGGAACUUGUGCAUUUGGAAUCGAAUGUAAUAGUAUGAAAACACCUAAUUCAGAAUUUCGUCGAUACGGUUCAAGAGCUUUCGAUGAUCCAGCCCAUUCCACCCUACUUCAAGUAUUUAGUUUCCAAUAUCCGAAUCUGGCAAAGAAGUAUUUUCAUAUGAGGGUAUUCAAAAAGGAUGUAACCGACUUCUUCAUGGAUACAGUCCGCGGAACUAUUGCGUUCCGUGAGAAGAAUAAUGUACGUCGUAACGAUUUCAUGGACUUAUUGAUUCAGUUAAAAAAUGGUGGUUUGCUCGAAGAUGAACAUUCAAAAAAACUUGGAAAGCUGACCAUCGAGGAAGUUGCCGCCCAGGCUUUUCUAUUUUUCAUAGCAGGUUUUGAAACAUCCUCAACCACGAUGAUGUUCGCUUUACAUGAAUUAUCUUUAAAUCCUGACAUUCAGGAGAAGGCCCGUCAAGAGAUAGAUGAGGUACUAAGGAAGCAUGAUGGAAAGAUAACUUAUGAAAGUAUAGAAGAAAUGGUUUAUGUCGAUAGAAUUAUAAGCGAAACUUUACGAAAAUACCCGGCAGCACCGAACUUAUUACGUAAAUGCACCCAAGACUUCAAUGUUCCGAAUUCCGAAGUAAUAAUUGAGAAAGACACAAUCGUAUUUAUUCCUGCUUACUCAAUCCACCAUGAUCCCGAAAUUUAUGACAACCCUGAAGUAUUUGAUCCAGACCGAUUUUCUCCAGAACAAAUUAAAAAUCGCCAUCCAGUAGCGUUUCUGGGCUUCGGUGAUGGACCAAGAAACUGUGUCGGAUUGAGAUUCGGAAGAAUGCAGUCACGCAUUGGAUUAGUUACGCUUUUGAAAAAUUACCGCUUUAAACCAAGCGCAAAGACAAGGAUGCCAAUGGAAUAUGUGGAAGGAAAUCCCUUACUUUCUCUCAAACACGGAAUUUAUUUAAUUGUCGAAAAGUUACAGAUCGGAGGAUGAUGAAUUUUGGUAGAAUUAAAACGUCACUCGAUAAUACUGUAAAUACAUAUACAUUUUUAGAAUAGAUUUGAGAUUAAAAUGAUAAGCAAUGACAACUUUUUAUCGAUUUUUCAAAAAUAUUUUAUCUUCACCAGUAA